ACUCUGAAAAUAAAUCAAAUUCGUUUAAAGUAAAGACAAAAUUUAAAUAAAAACAAAAAUCCGCGUGCUUUUUUAAUGUGCAAAACCACUACGCACAAUAUUAAAAUUAAUGCAUGCUUGUACAGAAAUGUGAGAAUAAUUUCAUAGAAUGUGAAGAAGAAUCAGAGAGUGAAAACGAUUAAGUUUGUUUGAUGUUGUUUUUUUUGUUUUCUAUUAAACGACUUGAAAAGAAAUCCGUUUUAUUUUUUCUGCAUAUAUACCAGAGCCGGUAAAAGAGACGGAGUAAAAAUUUAAAAGUGGACAUAAAAGUAAUCUUUUAUUUAAUUAAAUUCAAACUGACUUCGAUAGAUAAAGAAAAACCCUUUAAAGUGUAUUGUAUAGUAAUAAUAAAUAAAUAAAAAGUCAAGUUUUCGUGUGUCGAACUAUCUUAUCUUUCACCUGAUACUGGCUUAUGGUUAUCGUACCGUUUUACACUUUGCAGACUUACAUUAUAUUCAACUACACAUUUGCUCUAAAAGCUAUUACUUGUGGAAAAAUUACAAAACAAUUUGAUCAUAAAAACAUUUAACAAAACAAACAAAGAAUAAUAAAAGCGAAGUAAAAAAUAACUUUACAACAAAAUUAACUAUAAUUCUAUCCUCGCCUGCAAUUCACUCGGCGUUCGCCUGUCUUCUUAGUGAUUUAUGUAGACACAAAUUCUUCCUAAAGUAGCACCACCAUAGCAGUUAAUAACAGCAAAUUAAAGACACUAAAAGAAAAAAAAAAAGACUGUCGCCGUUACUUGAGACAUACUCCUAGUUUUUCUUUUUUUUUUUAUAAAAUUUAUUAAAGUGAAAUACUCUUGUAUUAAGCAUUUUUGAUUAAAUAUAAUUUAGUCUUCCGCCUGCAUUCUUGAAAGUUUAUAUUUCCUGCAUUGAAUGCAACAGCUGUUACUGGUGUUCUCAAUCGCGUUGCUCAGUUUUUUAAGCUUUUUUUUUCUUGUUCUUAUUUAAAAACGAGUAGCAACAACAACAAACAGCCUAGUGCAGCAGGUACGCGUGCGGUUAUAUUGUGUACUGUGUCUGCUUCUCCUAUCAUCCUCUUAAUCAUACAUUUGCUUAUGAGUAUUUACGACCUGUUUUAAGCCACCUGCUGCUUAACGCUAAUCAUCUAUUAAUAGUAGGAAAAGCGUACUAAAUUUAAACGAAAAUGGCUACCCUAAAAGUGCUAUUUUCAACUGUAAUUGCGGUUAAACGUCAAAAUCGCUUGCAUGCGUAUUUGUUUUGAUCGGCUGUGCUUCGCUACUAAGAGGCCAGCCACAUCAAACAGCAGUGUAGCAAAUGAUCCGCAAACGCUACUUCAAACGACUACAUCAACUACUACUGCAGCCCUAUGCUGUAAUGUUACAACGACGAAUACAACGACUGUCAUUACAACAAUUCCUUGCCCAACGUCUACGUCAUCGGCAAAUACAAUAACAUUGAUAGCAAAUAGUCAAGCAAUCAAAUCUAAUCCACAGCAGCAGCAGCAGCAGCAACAACAACAACAACAACGUUCUAAUUCCAAUAGUAAACACAGCGUAGCAGACACUUUUUUAAGUUCAAUCGAUGGUACUUCAAUAAAUGCCUUAGAUCCGCCGACAAAGACUCAAAAACAAAAACAUAAUCAUUUAGAAUUAAAACGAAUCGAUAAAGACUCAUUGUUAGGUUCCCCGCUGCAACCAACCGCUGUUUGCGAUAUAGCGAAUACCAAUAAAAUUUUAGGAGAACACAACGUAAUAAAGCCGGAAACUGAAAAAAUUUCAUUAGCGGAACAUAAAAUCGAAACACAAAUAAAAACAGACACCCAAGCACAAGAUCAUCGAUUGCGUCACAGCAGCAAAAAUCAACCAGCCAUUCGGGCGUCAAGUGCCGUCGACGGCACAAACGAAAACCUAACGAUUAACGACGACGACGCAGCUAAGGUGAAUUUAGGUAAAAUGCAGCAAGAACCGAAUGCCAAUAUACAGUUCCAGCCCGAUUUGGGUCUCGUAAGCAACAAUAAUUUGCAAACGCUUAGUGGCACGCUAGACAGUAGCACGGGCGCCAUACAUUUAACACUACCGCUGCAGACAACGGAUGUUUUAACGCAUACACUCAUCUAUGGUACUGUACCAACGGCCGCUCAACAGCUAAAUACUGAUCCGAAUUUACAAACGCGCAAUAUAUUGCAUCAACAGGAAUUGCAAUUGCAGCAACGCUAUCAGCAAUUGCAGCAAUUGCAGGCACAAACACAGGGAAUAUUUGCGACCGCCUCACCAGCACCAAUAGUCAUACAACCUACCGCGGGUGGUGUCACGGCCGCGGGGGCAGUUUACGCUACAACUGCAAAUCCAACCGAAUUUUGUGCACCGUCAUCUAUAUUAGCCGAUCAAAUGCAAGGUCUUUGUAUAUCCGCUCCCGCUCCGGCAAUUAUGGAUCCCACCGCUGGUGGUAUCAAUUUGCUUAGUAGCUCGUAUAUACCAGCAACGCAGCAAGAGGAACGUCUCAUACAAAUCAUACAAGCGAAGGAUCUCAAAAUCCAAGAAAUGCAACGCGCCAUACAUUACAAGGAUACCGAAAUCGCUGAACUGAAAUCUCAUCUCGAUAAAUUUCAAAGUGUUUUUCCGUUUUCGCGAAGCGGCGCCACAACGCCUUGCGGCAGUGCUAGUGGUGGCCGUAAAUCGGGUCAAUCAUUUCAACGACAACGCGCUCAAGGAAUAUCUGCUGAACCACAAAGCGAAUCAAUGGUGUUACUCGACAAUGUUACCUUUCCUAAAUAUGAGAAGGACGAAAGAUCACGCGAUCUCAUCAAAUCCGCUAUUUUGGACAAUGAUUUUAUGAAAAAUCUUGACAUCGCUCAGAUUCAAGAGAUCGUUGACUGCAUGUAUCCGGUGAAAUAUGCCGCUAAAAGUCUCAUCAUUAAAGAAGGCGAUGUCGGCAGUAUUGUUUAUGUUAUGGAAGAGGGACGCGUUGAGGUGUCACGCGAAGGUAAAUAUCUCUCCACGUUGUCUGGGGCGAAAGUGCUGGGCGAAUUGGCUAUACUUUACAAUUGCCAACGCACAGCCACCAUAACAGCAAUCACCGAAUGUAAGCUAUGGGCGAUUGAACGGCAAUGCUUUCAAACUAUUAUGAUGCGUACGGGGCUCAUACGUCAAGCCGAAUAUACUGAUUUUCUCAAGAGCGUACCCAUAUUUAAAAAUCUCCAGGAAGAUACUCUUAUAAAAAUUUCGGAUGUUUUAGAAGAGACACACUAUCAACAAGGAGACUACAUUGUACGCCAAGGAGCCCGAGGUGAUACGUUCUUCAUUAUAUCGAAAGGGAAGGUACGUGUUACAAUAAAGUUGCCUAACACGCAAGAGGAGAAAUUCAUACGCACUCUAUCUAAAGGUGAUUUCUUUGGCGAAAAAGCUUUGCAAGGUGAUGAUUUACGUACAGCUAAUAUAAUAUGUGAUUCUCCAGAGGGUGUUACCUGUUUAGUGAUCGAUCGUGAAACUUUUAAUCAGUUAAUAUCGAAUUUAGAUGAAAUCAAACAUCGCUAUGAUGAUGAGGGUACACUGGAAAGACGAAAGAUCAAUGAAGAAUUCCGUGAGGUUUCUCUUACUGAUUUACGUGUCAUAGCCACUUUGGGUGUUGGGGGCUUCGGUCGUGUGGAAUUGGUUCAAAUUUUGGGUGACAAUUCGCGUUCAUUCGCUUUGAAACAAAUGAAGAAAGCUCAAAUUGUUGAGACCCGCCAGCAGCAGCACAUUAUGUCCGAAAAAGAGAUUAUGGGCGAAGCCAAUUGUCAAUUUAUAGUCAAACUUUUUAAAACUUUUAAGGAUAAGAAAUAUUUAUACAUGUUAAUGGAAAGCUGUUUAGGCGGCGAACUAUGGACUAUAUUAAGAGAUAAGGGCAACUUUGAUGAUAGCACUACUCGUUUUUAUACGGCUUGUGUGGUAGAGGCCUUUGAUUACCUGCAUUCACGCAAUAUCAUCUAUCGCGAUUUGAAACCGGAGAAUCUGUUAUUAGAUGACAAGGGUUAUGUGAAAUUGGUAGACUUUGGUUUUGCCAAAAAACUGCAAUCUGGCCGUAAAACAUGGACUUUUUGCGGUACCCCAGAAUACGUGGCCCCGGAAGUUAUCUUAAAUCGCGGUCAUGACAUAAGUGCCGAUUAUUGGUCAUUAGGUGUUUUAAUGUUCGAAUUGUUGACGGGUACACCACCGUUUACAGGUUCUGAUCCUAUGCGUACCUAUAAUAUUAUAUUAAAAGGUAUUGAUGCCAUAGAGUUCCCUCGUAACAUUACCAGUAAUGCACGAAAUUUAAUUAAGAAAUUAUGUCGCGACAACCCAGCGGAACGCUUAGGUUAUCAGCGGGGUGGCAUAAGUGAAAUACAAAAGCACAAAUGGUUUGAUGGCUUUUACUGGUGGGGAUUGCAAAAUCGGUCUUUAGAGCCGCCGAUUAAACCGACAGUGAAAAGCGUUACCGACACUACCAAUUUCGAUGAUUAUCCACCUGAUCCCGAGGGACCGCCGCCCGACGAUGUAACCGGUUGGGAUAAGGACUUCUGAAAAAGUAAAAGCUUAAUAUUAUCCAGCUUAAGUAAGAAGAAGCCAUAAUUUACUUACUUUAGAUCGUUGAAAAAGCCCGAAGUCUUCCAUGCAUACAAAUAGAAAAGGUGCAAUAUUACAUACAAUAAAAGAAAGAAACGAAAAAGAAGAGAACGAAAGGAUACAAAUAUCAAAAGCAAACAGCACAGCUGAAACCAUAUCAAAAAAGAAUUUAUUAGGCUUUUUCGAAAGAGGCAAAAAAAAAAAAAAAAA